AUGGCCCACCUGGGAGCCCAUUUUGCCUUUCGAUCCCGCUGGCAGAAGACCGACGACGAACUCUGUCGACAUAGCAUGUCCUUCAUCCUUCACAGAGCCAUUCGCAAUGACUUCUUUCAGAGCUACCUCUACCUGCUGGAAAAAAUUCCCCUGGUGAAAUUGUAUGCUUUAACAAGUCAAAUCAUCAAUGGGGAAAUGCAGUUCUAUGCCAGAGCUAAACUUUUCUAUCAAGAAGUACCAGCUACAGAAGAGGGUAUGAUGGGAAAUUUCAUUGAACUGUCCAUCCCAGAUAUCCAGGCUUCUCGGGACUUUCUUCGGAAGUUUGUUGGGGGCCCCGGGAGAGCUGGGACAGACUGUGCCUUGGAUUGUGGCUCUGGAAUAGGAAGGGUCAGCAAGCAUGUCUUGUUGCCGGUUUUCAAAAGCGUGGAACUGGUGGACAUGAUGGAAUCGUUCCUCGUCGAAGCCCAGAACUACCUGCAGGUCAACGGGGACAAGGUAGAAAGCUACCACUGCUACAACCUGCAGGAAUUUACACCCCCACUGGGGAGAUAUGAUGUCAUCUGGAUUCAGUGGGUCUCUGGGUACCUGACCGACAAAGACCUUCUUGUAUUUCUUUCCCGGUGCCGAGCUGGCCUGAAGGAAAACGGUGUCAUCAUACUGAAGGACAACGUGGCUCGGGAGGGCUGUAUCUUCGAUCUCUCGGACAGCAGUGUGACUCGGGACAUGGACAUCCUCCGGAGCCUCAUUAGGAAGAGCGGGCUGGUGGUGCUGGGCCAGAAGAAGCAGGAUGGCUUUCCAGAACAGUGCAUCCCGGUGUGGAUGUUCGCACUGCACAGUGAUGGACAGUCCUGA